AUUUUAGUUUCACUUUCUCUCUGUGAGUUGUAUAAAUUAAGCUACGUUCAAUUUCUCGUGUUUUAGUUUCUCGCACUCUACUCACUUGGAGCCCAUAUACUCUUUCAUAAAGUUCACUUCGAACCUUUACACUCUUUCAUGAGUUGAGACCAGCUACUUGAUUUUGUAGAUGAGUAAUUCAAGAAGGGGAAAACAUCACUUUUAGCAAAGAUUUGGACCUUAUGGAAAGAAUUUUUUGAAGUCAUUUGUAUCCAAAAUUCCUCAGUUCGCAAUGAUUGUAAUGAAAACAUCUCAGAUAUUGAGUGAUCAAGUGUUUUAAUUUGAAAAAAAGUGCUUUACAAAUUUGAUCACAUGAUCUACCUUCCGAGUAGACAAAUGACGGGAUAAACAGUUUUUCUUAUAUUGUUUCACUAGCCAAUUUCUCAAAGAUUUAAAUCAUGGAGAGUCAAGAAAUUCCUAUAAACAGCAACAGCGAACUAUUGAAUGCGACUAUUAAUCGUCUAGAAAGAGGAGAAAGAGAAAUAAUAUUAAAACAUGAGUACAGAGAUCUAGUUUUAAUUUUAGGAGAUACUGUGAUUGACAAUUCAUUUAUUCAAUGGAUUACUGGAAAAUACACAAACACAACAUUAACAGAAGACGACAAAAAUUCUGAUCAAUUCAUUAAUAAUGAAGACAGGAAAAUUAGAGAUUUUACACUUCAAUAUCAAAAAGAAUGUUCUACAAUACUCGAAGAACCUAAAACGAAUGUAAUUUAUUAUGGAUGUUCUUGUCUCUCUGAUCAUAGUAGUACAAGCGAAGAAAUAGCGACAGCUUAUUUUACAAACAAAGUCCUUAAUCAUUCUGAAAGAAUUAAAAUAAUAUUUGCUGUAAAUUAUCGUUCUAUAAUAAAAGGAACUGACAUGAAUCAUUUUAUGAAAUUCUUAAAACACGCCUCAAAUUUUGUGAAAAAUAUAGAUAGAUACAGAAAUAGCAUCGCAAUGAUGGCCAUCUCAGUCGGAGAACAGCAUUUAAAGAAAGAUGAUAUUCUUUUAUUGACUGAAGACAAUCAACUUAUAAGAGAAAUUACAGAUUUCCUAUUAGAAGUUAGACAGCAGAUAACUGACAAACAGAAAGAUGCGGUCAUUUCUGUCCAAGAACAAGCAUUCUAUGAAUAUGCAUUGAAAUUUAUUGAUAUAGUCCUCACGAAAAACAAUGAUGGAUACAAAAAAAUAGGAAUUUUCCGGGAAUUGAAAAGUAAUAUUGAUGAAUUACAGGAAAGGACCAAUAAUAUGAAAAAUAUAUUAUGUGAAGAGUUGGAAUUUGUUGAAAAACUUGAUAUCGAUUUUAGAUGUAACAUUUCUGAGAAGUCAAAUCAGGAUAUUGAUAGUUUAGAACAAGAAAUAAAUAAUGCUGUUUGGUUUAGCGUUAAAAGUAUCUCUGAUAUUGUGAGUGAACAUUAUAAAAACCAAAUACAACAGCUGCUUCGUAAACUAGAAAAUAUAUCUACUGGUAAAAUUAUUGUUGAUGCAGAUCCAGUAAAAGCAGUAAAUUUAUCAUUUAAGCUUAAAAACGAUUAUUAUACAAUCUCAAAUUUAGUUAAUGCAUUACAAAAUUCGGUGAAAGUUGAAAGUUUAAAUAAAAAAAUUAAAGACGUUGUCUCUGAAUUAUAUAUCGGUAUACCAGAAGUCGAGAUACAUAAUAUUAAAAAGUAUGUAAAAUAUAUUGACAUACUACAAGCUGUAAGUCAAAGGGAAUUUGUAACGAGACCAUGGGGAAAUCUGUUUAAAGAAAUUGCAACAUACAUUUCUGAAUCAAGAAAAACAAUUCAACAAGAUAUCGACAACGCAGCAGAAAAAGUAAAACUUCGCAUACAGUUACAUCUGAACAAUAUCGCGAAGAUAAUACAAGACAAUUACAAUGAAAAAUUAAAGUCUAAAUUUACAAUGAGGAAUAUGGAAAUUCAAAAGUUUCACGAUUUUCACAACAAGGAAUACGAAGAUAUUUUCAAACUGACAGAAGACAUUAAGCGUCUAAGAAAUAUCGAUUCUCUAGUGAAAAAACUUCAACUUAAUACAAAUAUUUUACGAAUAAGAGCAACGAAAAGGUACUUAAUAAAAAUGGCAAAUGAAGGCCGGUAUUUUAUGUUUCUAAGUUUUUUGAGUGAUAAGAUUUUAGAUAAUGGAUCAUCAACUUGGUCAAAACCAUUUGUUGAAACAAAAGACAUUAUUCAAAAGUCUGAUAAAUGGUACAAAUUUCUAUCAGAUCUAUUUAUAAAAUUUUCAGAUUAUAAUACACAAAUGAGGAGGAAAAGCUACAUUGAUUUUCUUGAAGGCAGUACAAAAUCAGAUAUAUUCAAGGAAACAAAUAUUACUCCAAUAAACCUUCAAAUAUUUCUUAGUAAGAUCAAAAAUUUGAAUGUAGCAGAAUAUGAAAGCAUUAAAAAUAUUACUUUAACAGAAUCGCAGUUAAACGAAUUGAACCAACUUGUGGACUUAACGUUAAAACAUAAAAUAAAUAUCGAAUGCUCUGAAACGCAUAUGUUUGUGAAAGGAGAUUACGUAAGUCUACAAGAGGUCCAUCGCAUUUUAUUCGCUCAUGAUGGCAAAAAGUGCAGAGAGUUCUAUCACUGGAGAUCUCAUAGAAAAUUCGUUAAUAUAUUCGCCUUAAAUACACUUUUCAUUGAUCGAGAUUUAGACGUACAAGGAGAUGCAAUCCAGAUUAUUUUUAUCUCUCCCAGAUGGGAAGUCAUAGGUAAUAGAGUAAUAAAUUUAAAUGGACUUAAAGGAAUGCCGCACUCUAUAAACAAGGCAUAUGAUGGUCGUUACCCAGGAAAUAAUGGGAGUGACGGCAAACCAGGUAAGCCUGGAGGACCGGGAGAAAUAUUCUUCGGAAUAGGUGAAACUUUUGUAAAUGGUGCUAAUUUAACAAUCACAGCAAACGGGGGAGCAGGUGGCCCUGGGCAGCACGGUGGGCGAGGCCGAGAUGGAAUUUCUGGAGAUGACGUUGAAUUACCAGAAGAAGCUACAAGUUACGAGCGCAAUUCACUCCAAUGUUGCCAUUCAAGAACUAACGCAUUCUCAGAUUUCUCUAAAGAAGAAGAAGGACUAUCUGCGACAUUGGAAAGGCGAGAUGGCAGGGGGAGUUUCUCUGAUAUUAUUUCGGCUUUCGUCGCUGUUGCAAGACGUAAUUAUAUACAAAAAAUAACACAUCUGACACAAAAUGGUUUUGGAUGCGAAAGAACUAGUCUGCAUUCGAGUAAUCUGCCUCGUAUAGGAAGGAUGGAUUGGUUUGACGGUCCUAGAUAUUAUGAAUUUCUUCAUGAAGAUUAUAAACUUCUUGGUAAACCUGGGAAGAAAGGAGGCGAUGGAGGUAAUGGAGGUAAAGGUGGAAUUGGUGGAAAAUCCGGAAGCAUUACAAUUGCUGAAAUGGAGAGUCCCUCGGUAAUAAACAAAAUCGCAAAAGAUGGAGAAACAGGGGAGGAAGGAAAAGGUGGAUGGGGCGGGAAAGGUGGUAAAGACGGUGAUGAUGUCACUGCACGUUGCUUGAUGCGAAACCGUGGAUGUGGCUUGUUUUGGUGUAUCAAUUACAUUGAAAAUUUCCAGUGGGCUUUGGAUGAACGUAUUACGCAUGACUUACCACAUAGACGAGGUUUAGAUGGUAGAGAGGGAUUACAAGGAGCUAAUAAUAAUCAUAUCGAAUCUCCAAUGUCGGCGAAGUUUAUUCAUGAACCAGCAAAAUUCAUUAAUGUAUAUAAGAGCUAUUUAAGAGAAAACUUAGCGGAUGAUUUAAAAAAGAUUUCUCUCGUGAAAUUUUACGAUCAAUUGAACAAAAAUAACGAAGUAAAUAAAUUCUAUGAGACAGAAGGAUUGGCUGGUGAGUUCAUAGAUAUGGAAAAUCAGUUUAAUUUCAUUAAAAAAGGUGUGGAUUUUUAUCCGUUUUAUAAAUCAUUACUUAAAAGAAUAGGUGAAUUCUCUGAUAAAUAUAAAGCUUCCGGAGAUCAAAAAAUAGUUCUUAGUUAUUUAUAUGCUGCAGUUCUAAGUAAGAUAAAUAGCUUAAAAGAAAGUAACGAAUCUGACCUAAUCAUAGAUAUAGAAAAGUAUUUAGACACUAUUAAAACAGACAUGGAUAUUCUUAAGAAUCUUGAGAAUUCUAAUAAUAAAGUUAAUGCGGUAGAUAAAAUGAAAAGAGAAUAUAAAAGCCGAAUUGAUGAAAAAAUCCAAGAAGUGAAAUCUUUCAUUGAAAACACUGUUGAUCAAGAAAUAAAUAAAAUCAGUGAAGAGAUCGAUAACAAAAUUGAUUUACUAAUUAUUGAAACGAUAUCUUUGCAAAAAGAAGCUCAAAAAGCAAAGGACGAUUUAAUAAAGAAAAAGAAAGAACUCCAAAACACAUUAGGAUUGAGAAAAUUGUUUGAUUAUUUUAAAAGUUUGGGACGUAUAGUUAGCUUUUUAGGUCCUUAUGGAAUGGCUGCAGGAGCACUUAUUGAAUUAAGCACUUCAGUUGGGGAAUCUUUAGCAUUAGGUAAUAACCUUCAACCUAUAGAAUUAUCAAGAGCAGCAUCGAAACUAAUCUCAAUAGAAAAUAACAUUAAAAACAUGAGGAUCGAAAAAACUGAUCAUAUUAACAAUGUCUUAACAGAAUUGUCAGAAAGAACAAUGCAAUAUCCUGAAGAGCUAGGAGACAUAUCCAGUAAAGUAGCCGAAAUGAAAAAACGGUUAAACGAUAUCCGUUCACACAAACUUCAGUACAAGGAAGUAAGAAAUCUAGAGCGUGAAUUAAAAGACACUCUAAAAACAAAAGAAAUCAAUUUAAAUAGCCAGACCCAAAAAAGACGUCGAGAUGUCUCAAAGAUUGUACGAAAGUUAGGUCAAGCUAUUGAUGUAGCUUCAAUGUUUGUUAAUUUUUAUAACAAAAACAAAGAAAGUGAUGAUAAAAUAGCUGCCAUAAAUGAUGCCAUUGAGCAAAAAGAAAAUGAAUUGAGAAAUCUCAAAGAAUAUGAAGAACAAAUUUAUGAAAAUAUAAGCCCAGCACUGCAAAACAUGAAAAAUAAUCUUCAGGAAUUUGCAAGUGGUCUAGAGAAGAGAUCUCAAGUGGCUUUUGAUGUUGGUAAAUGGCAGAUGCAAAGCGUGCUGAAAGACAUCAAGGUACAAAUGCAGCGAGUCACUGAAGGAAUGGAGGUGGAAGAUGACUUGGCUCGAUGUAUAGAAAAAUUAGAAGAAGCCAUGUCUAUUCUCAUUACUAUAUAUGAUCGUAUCCAACAAUAUCAGGAUGAACAAAUUUUAAGCAAUCAUAUUGCGAAUAUAUGUUCCAUCAGUACAAGUACUCUAUCAAUCACUGACCGGAAUCUGGUUAAUGUUACGAACCAUUUGGAAUGGUCUAUAAGAUCAAGUUUAGUCCUCAAACAUUAUCAAACAGCCCUGAAUGCAUUCAAACAGUGGGUUUUCCCAUUCGCUUCUCAUUACUUGGAAGAAUCUAUGAUGCCAUCACACCUCCAAGUGGAUGGAAAUAUGAGAGGUUUAGUUUUCAACGCAGCUAAGCAAAUUGGAAAUUUAAAGAAAAAAAUCAGCGUAUACAAAGCAUCUGCAAGGGAAACAGAUGAAAUUUUGAUCCGCGGAGAAUUCAACAAUCCCUGUGGUUCUUGUGACCCUUUUUUCGUGUGGAAGGAUGAAAAAUACAGAAGCGAAAUUUCGAAGCUAUUGUCCGGACAAGCAGUUGCUUUGAAAUCCGACGUGCGAUUAUCCGAACCCGGAAAAGAUGCAAUAAAGUUCAGACUGAUAAAAUUAUAUUUCAGAUCUAAAAAUGAAUCCGUUCAAACUCAACUUGAUGAAACUUUGAAAAUGUUUGACAUUAGUGCAACUCAUAUUGGAAAUUCUUACUACAGAUAUGACGAGGAGAUUUAUCUAAUAACGAGUCCCAAGAAAACAAUACUUUACUCUUUCGAGGAAAAUAGCAGAACAGGAGAUCCAGUGCGUGAAAACGAAGUUUAUGCAAAGAUCAAAAGCGGUGAUUUGAUGUUGAGUCCAUAUACUAUGUGGAUAUUCAAACUGAAUGCUACAAGGAAAAGUACUUUCCGUGAGUUGAGCAUUUAUAAAGGUGAGAUUGAUUUAGAAUUGGAAGGAAAAGGAAGUUACGUAAUAAAUGAUGCAGGUUUUCAGGAUGAUGAUUAUGACAUUGAGAAUCAAUUAGAAUCAUCUGAUUUAAAUUACCGCAUUACUAGAUCGUUGAUUGAUGAUAGAAAAAAAGAAAUGCACGCGACUAGCGGAUCUGUUUCAAGUUUGUCAUCCCCGAUUAACUCGGUAUUUAAUUUGUUGAAAAUAUACACCAUAGCUGUAGUAACAAGUUCAUUUAACAAAAUAAUGAAUUAUGGCAAUACAUUGAAAAGUGAUAAAACCAUCAAGACAUUUCCAACAACCUUGCAAUCAAUGGAAAAUAAUUUCUCAAAUGAAAUAAGAGAGAAAAAGAUAUCAUGUGCUUCGAGGUAUUUACAUGAAAAACGUAAGGAAUUAGCAGAUGAAUAUGAUCUUUCUUUUAAAAAACUCGAUUUAAAAAAUGAUUAUAAAUUACGUAAACAUAACUUCUCUUUUAAAUUGAAUACCAGUAACAAAACCAAUGAUUUAAAUAAACAAGCCAAACCCUUUAUCUUCGGUGGAAAAGGAAAUAAAUUUUAUAAUCAAAAUAUUCAAGUUCCAGAGCUGAAUUGUUCAUUAUUUUUUGUUGAUUUUAUUGCCAGGUCGUUUACUGGCAUUAAAUAUGAAUCGGAAAUGGAUGAAUCGUUGCUGUCACCAAAACAAGUGAUAUUCAGAAGGUGCAAAGAAUCGUCUGUGAAAAGUGAUAAUGAUAUAAGAAAGAAUUUGCGAUUGCUUUCUGAAAUGGAUGAUAGUAACGAUAAAUCUUUGUUCCGUUCUGUGAAACUUAGAAUUAAAUCAGUUUUAGAGUAUCUUGGAUUCCUCAAGAAGGCAGAUAAUGAUGAAUAUAUUCGCGAUAUAAGAAAUUUAUUUGUUGAAGAUUGAUUACUGAUUCGAUAUUCAAUUUAAAAAAAAUAUGAAAUGGCCUUCCUAAAUCAGGUCAAUAAUUUUUUCGAAUAUUGCUAAAAAAAAGAAACAUUGCAAGUCCAUUUUUUGUAGCAACUUAUUUUUAUCAAUUGCAGUAUAUCUCUUAAGAUUGUAUAAAUGGAAUAUCAAAGAGAGAUUUCAAAUACGCUUAAAAAUAAAGUUAUAUUAAUGUUCCACUUGAAAGUCGAUAUAGCUUUUUUUAACUUUUGGAUCAUUAGUUUCUUCAUGUUCAAUUUUGUGCAUAUAUAGAAUUGUGUCACUCAUGUGAAAUGAUUUCAAAUAAUUACUUCAAAUUUCUGUCAAAAUAGAAAGAUUUUUGUAGUUUAAUG